UCUUAACCCCAUACAUAAACUGUUAAGUAAAUGUUAACAUUUUCUUUUUCAAAGCUCACCAAGCAUCUUCCACCAAGGACAAUUGGCUAUCCAUGGACUCUUGUGUAUGGUACUGGGAAGCAUGGCACAAGCUUGAAGACCCUUUAUCGAACAAUGACAGGUUUAGAUACUCCAGUGCUCAUGGUGAUUAAAGACAGUGAUGGGCAGGUUUUUGGCGCAUUGGCAUCUGAGCCAUUUAAAGUGAGUGAUGGCUUUUAUGGUACUGGAGAGACCUUUGUCUUUACAUUCUGUCCAGAGUUUGAGGUAUUUAAGUGGACAGGAGAUAAUAUGUUUUUUAUCAAAGGAGACAUGGACUCACUGGCUUUUGGUGGUGGAGGAGGAGAAUUUGCCCUCUGGCUUGAUGGAGACCUCUACCAUGGAAGAAGCCAUUCUUGUAAAACGUUUGGAAAUCAUACACUGUCUAAGAAGGAAGAUUUCUUUAUCCAAGACAUUGAAAUCUGGGCUUUUGAAUAAAUAUAAUACUGUUAUAGCAGGAUACUGGCCCAAACCUGACAUGGACAAGCAUUGUUUGAAAAAGUUCAAGAAGCAAUACAAUGUAACAUGUCACUUGUGCUUUAAAAUUAGUCCACAUCACCUCUUCGUACAGUUCUAAUUUUGGAGUUUUAUUUUUUCAAAUCAUGUUUCUGUCCCAGAGUUCUUGAGGCUUAAAAGAUGGUGUUGGGUCCAUGUAACAAUAUCUACGAUCCAUGUUCCUUCAGUCUUCUUAUAUGAUGGUGCUCUUUUGUUGAAUUUUUGGUUUGUUGUUGUUUUUUUUUUUUUUUAAAAAAAAACUAUAUUAAUUGUUUUACUGGGACAGUUUAAUUGGGGGAUUUAGGGGAUGAAGACUAGAUACAGCCAGCCAUAAGACUGGUACAGGUGAUUCAAAGACUUUGUAAUGGAGAGGGAGAGAACACAUGCCAAAUGAUGCUUACUUCAUUGACCACUGACUUCGAGUUUGAAUUCAUACUACAAUAUUAUCUUUAUUCAUUGUUCUGAUAGUCUCAAUUCACUUUAAUGAUGAAUUUUAGUAGCAUUCUGGUUGUCAUAGACCACAGUGCACAGAAUAUGCAGGUUUGGGCAUAUGCUUUCAUAAUUAUCUGAUGGACAAAGGAGGAUGAGAACUCGAUGAUUCUACUGUGUUUAACACAUCAAGCAAGAAAACAUAAUAUUUACAUAUUUGUAGCUUAGCAAGACGUUAUCAUUAAGUACAAAAACUGAAACAUGCAUAUUUUUUCAACUUAUUGUGUCAGAUAUACUAUUUCACAGUUCAUUUGUUUUAGCCGUUUUGCAUACCAUCUUUCCAAAUAUAGGUUCCUGUUUAAAAGAAAAAAUAAGUUGUGAUUUUUCCAAGUGGUAUAUAUUAUUACUUCCAUUAGCAUUUGCUCUUAAUAAAAGGGCAGAGAUUAUAGUACACAAUAUUGUAACUCAGUAGACUUGUUGAAUAUGCAAACAUACUGUCUGGUGACUUCAAAAAAAAGAUAGAAUAUACAAGUAGUUCUUAUCCUCUUUUGUAGGAUAUCAAUAAUAAGCCAUUUGGCAGUAAAUCAUCAGUUAAUUUCAAAGCUUCAUGUUAUGCAAAAAAAAAAAAUCCUGCUGUUAAACGUGUGACAGUGACACUUUGUGCUGAACUUUCAGCUAUUCCAGAUAAAUGUUGUAUAUUAUCUUGUAAAUUAAUGUGUAAAAGUAGUUUUGUUCCUAUAGAAAGUGUUGAUUGCCAAGUUGCUGAUAGCACUUUAAAUGAUUAUAAAAAAUGAAAUUAUAAGCCAAAUAUGUUGGCUUAGGUAGUUUUAGUUCUAUAACACUUGAAUAUAUUUAGAACUUUUGAAAGUCUAAAUAAUUAUCUAAAGAAAAAUAUAAUGCUAAUAGAAAAGAAAAUCUGAUGUUCUAUUUAAUAUGCUAUUGCUGAAUAUAAAUAGAAAUGCAGGGCAUCAUUUCUUUUAUCUAUCUCAAGCUUUCAUUAUAAGUUAGAAACAGACUAUAGAUUAAAUGUUUACAAUACAGGGAUUUGUAAAUAUAACAGUUCUCCCCUGGGUCUUCCACAGCAGUAUUAUUGUUUUUGUGGAGUUGACUAAUUAUUAAAAGUAAAUAAAUAAUCCUGUAUUGGAUUUUAGUUACAAUAAGAUCAAAGUGUGGUGUAUACUAAAUAAAAUUAAAUAUAUAAAUAUAAA